AUGAUGGCGCCCCUUGAAAAGCCGUCGCUGUCAACUGCCAUCCAAACUCAAGGGAUAAUGCACCCUGAAGCUGUUGAGACUUACGGCAAGAGUAAAGUUAUUUUAAGCAUCGGGAAUGGCGGACCGGGUGCUACUGGUCUUUUAAAGGCACUAGCGGAAGAUUAUCUUGCUACUAGAGAGGACGAUGGGCUCGAUAGAAUGGAUAUGCAACCACUCGCGCAAUAG